AUGUUCGGUGCACUCAAGGGACUCUUCAAGGAAGCUGGCGUCAAGGACGUAAUCACUUUGUUCCAUGCGCCCAAGAACCCCGCCUCGAUCCGCGUCCACACCUUGCUCAAGCAGAAUGCUGCUGCUGCUCAGACGACUGCCACUCUAGACCAAGCCUCUUCCCACCCACAGCAGUCCAAGGUUGAAAGAACCGACUUCGAACUCGACGUACAAGAAGGUAUUCCGACAAAUGACCAGCUCACCAACAUCUUCGAAUACCUCGGUCAAGACAAGAUUGGAAGCAUAGUCGAGGGCGCUUCGAGCACCACCGAAGCUCUGAGGAAGCUCAAGGAGGACGGAAGCCUCUUCCAGAGACCGCUCGUGGUGGACUGGGGUAACGGACGUGCUGUGACUGGCGACAAUGAGUCUGAGAUCCUCAAGUUGCUUCAGACCCCUCCCAAGGCAUAG